CAACACGAUCCUUCUCAGUUUUGGCAAAAGCAUCUCGAGGGUUUUGUCGGAGUCUGCGAAAGACAAUUCCCAACACUCUCUUGCGUGCGCAUGGUUCUGGAGCCGGACUAUCCACCAACCGUCUCACGAACCCUCACUCUGGAGGCGUCCAGGAAGAAUUUUGAGGAUUUCGCGGCUCAGUACGGCCUGAAGUCAAUUGACACAAUUUUCCAAGGCGCAUUUGCGACGAUCCUCUCCGAAUACCUUGAGCUGGAUAGAGUGAUUCUCGGAGACGUCACCUCAUCCACCGCUGAUUCGGCUGUCCUGACUUCGGAUCCUACUGUACCUGUUCCGAUUGUCAUCGAUCCUCAAAUGACGGCGAGAGACUUGUUACGUCAAAUUGAUGGCUUCAUGUCAAGUGCAGUUGCACUGAAAGAAGUGCCACUCGGGUUGAUGCGAGAGAUCCUGCAAUGUCCUCCGCAACGGGCCCCGUUCAAUGCACAUUACACGGGGAAUACUCAUGCCGAGCCAGGAGAAAUACACUCUGCGCAGUCUACCAUCGAUAGCUCCCCAGUCUCAUUGAGCGUCCAAUGCUCUGGGAAAGACAAUCUGUCAUGCAGGCUCUCAGUUCGAGGUGACUUGAUGGACACUUAUCAUGUAGACCUCGUGCUACAGCAGAUUGAUGCUUUGACCACAGCAAUGAUCGGCAAUCCAACGGAGCAGAUCCACGACCUCACUCGGACCUUUCCUAGACACCUUCUCUCCAUACACGCACCUGUGGUCAGCGAGCAACUGAAGCAAGCACCCAGUCUAUCUCCAUUUCAUUGGGUAGACCACUGGGCGAAGUUGAAUUCAGCCUGGCCAGCCGUUGAAGUCAUAGAGUUAGUCGGUGAAGACGGAAUUCGGUCUCAAAUGUGGACUUAUGGUGAGCUGGCACAAACUUCCGACCAGAUUGCAACGUGGCUCGUCCGCCGGGGCUGGAGCAAUUCGAUGAUUGGCGUCUGUCUUGGAGACGUGAUACCUCCGGAUGGAUGCGAGGUCAUUGAUGUCAACAGUCCUGAGCUUCGUGAGGAGCUUUCUAGCAUCGACGAAGUAACAGUGAUUGAGGCAGACCCGUCUGGCAACUGUUAUCUUCUCUACACGUCCGGGUCCACGGGGCUGCCGAAGGGCGUUCUGGUCACCCGUGGCAAUCUGUCUGCCUUCACAGAAGCGCAGUCCGAAUAUAUCUGUCGGGAUGUGCCAGACACCUUGAAGCUAGGAGGCGCGGGCAGUUACUUGGCGCAUGCCAGUCGAGCCUUUGAUGUUCAUAUCUGUGAGAUGGUUCUGGCCUGGCGUCAUGGGCUUCGUCUGGUGACUGCCCCACGCACCAUGCUGCUCGAUAACCUCCGCCUGGUCCUCACUCAAUGCCGCAUUUCUCACGCGGGAUUUGUGCCUUCCCUCCUCGAGCACACGGGUCUCAGUGCUGAGCAGUUGCCCGAUCUCCGAUAUCUCGGGGUUGGGGGUGAGAAAAUCUCAGAGACGAUUAUCGAACGCUUUGUCGGAAAGCCAUCGAUUGCUCUGGUCAACGCAUACGGACCAACUGAGGUUACGAUCGGGCUGACAAGCCACACGGUGACUGUUUCCUCGACGGUCCGAAACAUUGGCUCAGCUGUAGGGAACAUCACCCUCCAUGUUCUCGAGCCGGAGACCAAUGAUUAUGUGAAAAGAGGCCAGGCAGGAGAGCUCUGCGUCACCGGAGAUCUUGUCGCUAAGGGAUAUCACGGUAGACCGGAUGCAAAAGGAUUCACCUACUUUCACGGGCAACAUAUGUACCGCACCGGUGACAUUGUUCGUUUGAUGGCGAACGAUUGUGUCGAAUAUCUCGGUCGACGAGACAGUCAAGCAAAGGUCCGCGGUCAGCGUUUGGAGCUGGAAGAAGUAUCUAUCGCAGUGCGUCGAUGUGCUGAGCGCCCAGUCAACGUCACUUCGAUAGUGACACCUUCACCGAUCACGAAGCGGCCUCAGUUGGUCACCUUCAUAAGUCCUGCCAGCGAUCGUCCUGAAAAUGCCACAGCACAGCCAGUGUUUGCGCGGGAGGAGUAUCAGAAAUGGGUCCCCCAGGUCUUAGAGCGCUGCCGUCAGCAGCUCCCAGCUUACAUGGUUCCGAGUGUCUUGCUCCCUGUCACUUUCAUACCCAUUCAGAUAUCGGGCAAAGCAGACAAUCGCCGCCUAGUAGCUCUAUACGAGGGUAUCCCUGCAUCCGAUUUACUGCAUGGAGCUGAGACUCCUUCGGUCACAGAGCGAGAACCAAACCCGGAAUCAGAAGAUGCACCGUUGACAGUUGGGGAGCAGGAGAUUGUCGAUCUUGUUUGCUCCGUGACGUCGGCUGACAGUGAUGCCGUUACAAGAACAACUAGCAUCUUCCAACUGGGGCUGGAUAGCCUUAGUUCCUUAGAUUUAGCAGCUCGGAUGCGGGAAGCUGGCUUUGUCUGCUCCGCAUCCGACGUCAUGCGCAGUGCGACUGUAGAGCACUUGGCACUAUUUCCCAGGCACGGCGACAAGGCAGGCCGAAACGCGCAGGCAGGGCGGCAGCUCCUCGAAUCUACGCAGCAGUUGGUGACCCUUGAUCGUGCCGUUCGCGCCUCUCCGAAGCUCAUUCCAAACUCCUCAAUCGCUAUUAUCAGACCGUGCCUACCUCUCCAGGAAAGCCUUGUCUGCAGUUCGGUUGACAGUGAUACUCCACUCUACGUCAACCAUACACUAUUUCGGCUGCGGCCUACCGCGUCAUUAAAAGCACUGAGACUGGCAUUUGAAGACAUAAUACAGGAGAAUGAGAUCUUUCGGACCUGUUUCCACAUCAUGGAUGACCGGGUGGUGCAAGUGGUCUUGAAGCCUCGAGUAGCGAAGGUAGCUUGGGAUGAGAUUGAGGUGGCGGAUGAGCAAGCCGCUCGGCAGCACUUCAAGAAAUGCCAGCCACAUAUUGCAUCCAAGAUUGUUUGUGACAUCGAGAGACAUCCUCCUAUGCACAUGACUGCUGCGUGCUCAACGGAAAACCAUGAUUCCGGGUGGCUGAUGCUGUCCAUCCAUCAUUCGAUCUUUGACGGGGCCAGUAUGGGAAUACUUCUCGACAGGCUAUAUCAGCACUAUUCCGGGCAAUCAUCCAGCGAUGCGAUUAAUCUUACUCCCUUAUAUCGAUACUUGGUCAGGCCAGCGGAGAAAGAAGCCGAGCAGUACUGGUCUCAAUAUCUCUCAGACUGCUAUCCUGGAGUUGUCAUCGUUGAUGACCCGAGCGAUACGACAUACAGUAUCACGACAGAGGCAUUACCUGUCAAGCUAUCUGAGCUCUCUAAUCUUGCCUCUCGCAUAUCGACAACUGCCCCGCUGUUGAUAGAAACUAUAUGGGCUAUUUCCUUGGCGAAGCUUCUGGGCCAAGGUGAUCUUAUCUUUGGCCGGGUCAUGAAUGGUAGAGCGAUACCAGUAGACUCAGUUGAAACCAUGCUGGUUCCCCUUGUGACCACGGUCCCUGCUCGGUUCCGCCUGUCAUCUGGCGCGUCGAGUCUGGUCAAUCUGAUCAAAGAGCAUACCAGAGCCAGUCUAGACUCCUUGCCUCACCAACACACGUCGCUACGUGCUAUUCAGCGAUAUUGCCACGCCCCAGGCCCUUUAUUCAACACGAUGUUCUCUUAUCUUGCCGUAAGGACUUCAUCGGUCGAUGUCUUGCUGCAGGAAAUGGAUAGUGUCAUGGAGGUAGACUAUCCACUGGCACUAGAGGUUAGAGCAGACACAAAGACAGACACUAUCACUCUGCGGCUGAGAACCACCAGUGAUCCUUCUUUGUCCCAGCAAUCUACUUCCCUUCUCAGCACAAUGGUCAUCCUGUUGCAGAGCCUGGUGGCUGCAGGAGACGCAGUCGUAGAUGAGCCUGCUCUAGUUCAGGGACAUGAACAGACACAGACAACUGCAUGGGACGAAAUUCAAUGGACAGAAGGUGAGACGAAGAUCAGACAGAUCGUCUCUCAGAUCACCGGGCUACCUGAAAACCAGAUUGCCAAGAAUUCCUCAUUCUUUGCGCUAGGGAUCGACUCGGUGAUCUCUAUCCGGCUCGCCCGUUGCUUCCAAAAACAUCAGAUGAAAGUGUCUUCAAGCGAUAUCUUGAGAUUUCCGUCCGUCAGGUCACUGUACAAUCAUCUGGAGAACACUUCUAUUUUACCUUCCGUACGCCAGAGUGAACAGACUAAACUCGUCUCAAAUGCGGAGAUCAAUCUGUUACAUGGAGACGACUCAAUCGUCGAGACAUACCGCUGCACGCCACUGCAGACGGCCAUGAUAGCACAGUUCCAGCCAUUCGCGCCGGCUGCUCAUAGGGUCGCGAACCUUCAGGAACAAUCCACGCGAUUCUGGAUCACUGUUGUGGCAGGGUAUCGAUAUUCUGGUAUUCCAGCUCCAAUAGACUCUUCCACAGAAUCCCAACCGCAAUGGGCAGAGGUCAAGGUGCAUAUUCCGGCGGCGGAAUUGCUACAUCGAUGCAGCUCCCUCGAAGUCACUCUGCAAACCGUCGCCCUGCUUGCUUACGGAAGGUCACUGGCAGUCCUGUUAGGGCAGCGCGAUGUGGUAUUCGGCCAUGUUGUUUCUGGACGUGGGCUGGAUGAUGGCACCACUGGGUCAAUCAUGGGCCCUCUUAUCAACACGGUGCCUUUUCGUCUGACACUGGACUCCAUUCUGCAGAGCACUCGCUCGGCCCUGCGGGCUAUUCAACACUUCUGUGCGGAUACUCUACAGCAUCAGCACGUAUCGUUAGGUCAGGUCCAGAAAGGCUGGCGUUUAACGAGCCAGAGCCCCAGUCCGUUACUGUUCGACGCGCUCUUCACAUUCAACAAGUCGGAGAGUCCGGACCGCACCUCGAUAUUCCAGCCGUACGUGUCGGACCGCGAGCUGGUCCCUCCUCACUACAAACUCAAUGUCGAAUUCGAGCAAGCUCCGGAAUCUCUGUUUAUUCGGGUGUCUUGUCGCGAUGUUUUCGGGGGAAAGGGUGAGCUCAAAGUCUGGCUCGAGACGCUUGCUCAAGGGCUGGUCGAGAUUGUCAACUGCCCCGAUGCGCCCGUGCUGAGCUUUCCAACUGGGCUUAGUGCCUUGCCCCUUGCUACUCCCUGCCAGCAGGUUAUCGAUGAAGAAUCCGACGAUUCUCCGGAAGCGGCGCACCAGGCUACGGUCAUCAAGGAGAUUCUUGCGACAGUGACGGGGACCCCUGUUGAGCAGAUUCGUAACGAUAGCAGCGUAUUCACACUCGGAGUGGACUCGAUUUUAGCAAUUGACAUCAGUGCCAGAUGCCGGAAGGCUCGAUUGAGACUCUCUGCGAGUGAUAUUCUACAGGGAAAGACAGUCCGAGGCAUUGCGAGACUUGCUGCGAAGCAUCUGAUCACCUUACCGGAUACGGGACUCGAAGCUGUUCAUCGUACCAUGAUAACUCGCGAGUCAAGAGAAAAAGCAUUGGCUAUAUUGUCUCUGGCCGAAGGGGACGUAGAGGCUAUUCUACCUUGUCUCAGCGGUCAGCUUUUCUACAUAUCUCGCUGGCUUCAAAGUGGCAGACGACUUUGGGAGUUCACAUUCGCGUUCCGCAGCAGUGUUCGGAUUGAUGAGAGGCGGAUACAGGAUGCUUGGCACGCGCUUCAGGAGAGACAUAGCAUUCUCCGCACCUCUUUUGCCGCCGUGUCUUCCGCUGAGGUUGUGCAGGUCGUGUCUAAAAGUCCUCGGGCCGACAGAGUUCGCACGGAGAGGCGACUGUGCAAUGAGGCAUCUCAGGGUUCCGUUCGUCAUUCUAUCGACAGGAAUGCAGCUUCCUCGUCGACCAUGUUCAUACCACCAGCCAGGCUGUGUCUUAUAGACUCGCCAGACUCUGACAUCCUCCUACUAACCUUCCAUCAUGCCUUGUAUGACGCUUGGACAAUCCCUAUCCUGUUGGGAGAUCUGGAAGCCCUCUGUCUGGGCAAAUCUCUAUCAGCUCCGGCUGACUUCUCCUCGUUUGCCCGUCAAGCCCAGCGCAAGCCCGAUUCGUCCUGGCGACGAAGGCUUAGCAUGGGGCAGCCCACGAUUCUAGGGUCAAACGCCUACAACCAGCAGGACUUCCGAGAUAUCAAGUCUUCCGAGCUUUCGUGCCUGCAAAAGCUGAGCAAGGUAGAGAGCCUCUGUCACCAGAAAGGCAUCUCGAUGCCUUCCGUCAUUUUGCUAGCCGUUGGCCGCGGCCUAGCGCGCAUCACAACAGUCGACCACCCAACGUUCGGACUCUUCUCAGCGGGACGGUCCAACGAAUUUCCCGAUAUCCAUCGACUGGCGGGUCCGACGGUCAACAUGUUACCUUUUGUCGUUCAGAACGCCCUCUCCGGGCCCGUAUCGGCCAGCAUCAGCGACAUCCAGCAAAGCCUGAAUGAACGUGCUCUGCACGACCAGACAGACCUCCGAGACCUGCUCCAGAUGAUGAAAUCGUCCGGUAACGAUCUCCAAUUCAACUUGCUUGUCAAUAUCCUCUGGGGCAAGUUGAGGCGCGAUGCCGGUGGCGAUGCCAGGGAUAGUAUUCUGACCCCGUGUCGCAUCGGCCCUUCUGAAGGACCCAUGACUGCGCUGUUAACCGAGGAGAAAACGUCUGUUGACACCUUGGACUGGAACGACUUGCCGUGUCGUCGCAAUCUAAUGCUGGAGGUGGCGUAUAGCGAGCAGGAAGAUGCGCUGCUGUGGAAGAUCGACUAUACUUUGGAUAUGAUGUCGUCUCGCGAAGCCGAGGGAAUUCUGGAGGUGCUUGGAAAGGAUGUUGAGGAGGUUGUCAGAGCACUUUCGUCAGAUUAGCUCUUCUGUUUGAGGUCUGCUUUAGUGCUCGUGUACCGGUACUGCUGGAUGGCUAGCGUUACGUUUGUGUUAAUACAUAUUUCAACAAUCCGAAUCAUUCGCCAUGCAAGCAUGAAAUGUGAACUCGGCCGCGGGAGUAGAGGGUAGUUAGAGAGAUCAAACCAAAGCAGAGCAAAGCCUGAGGCAAAUCCAUGCUCAACCCCUGCGGCUAGUUGACUCAGUGGAGGCUGGGAGGAUAGUCGCAGCCCGUGGAUUCGAAAUUUAUCCGUUCGUGUGCCUCAGCUCUUGUCCAAAGAUCCUUGCUGGUAUGGUUUGAUAUUCUCGUAUCUCCUGUGAUGACAAUGGGGGCCAGUAGAUGCAGUCGAUGGACAUCUAGUGUGUCA